UGGGAAUUAACAAAAAGAAUCCAGAAUCCAAUAAACCCUCACCUCACCUCACCCUAUAUAUACUCGUUCUCUUUCCCACAAUCUCCACUGUUUCUUUGCUUCAAACGAUCCGAGAGGUAGCUUCCAAUCAUGUUGGUUUAUCAGGAUUUGCUUACUGGUGAUGAGCUUCUUUCGGAUUCCUUUCCAUACAAGGAGAUUUUAAAUGGGAUUCUUUGGGAAGUCGAAGGAAAGUGGGUUGUUCAAGGAGCUGUUGAUGUGAACAUAGGUGCAAAUCCUUCUGCAGAAGGAGGUGAAGAAGAUGAAGGCGUUGAUGAUCAAGCUGUGAAGGUUGUUGACAUUGUUGACACCUUCAGACUCCAGGAGCAACCUCCAUUCGAUAAGAAACAGUUCGUUGGUUAUAUAAAGAAAUACAUCAAACAACUCACCCCAAAACUAGAUGCAGAGCAACAAGAGUUCUUCAAGAAAAACAUUGAAGCUGCAACAAAGUACCUCCUCUCAAAGCUCAGCGACCUUCAAUUUUUUGUUGGAGAGAGUAUGCAUGAUGAUAGCAGCAUUGUGUUUGCUUAUUAUAAAGAAGGUGCAACUGAUCCAACAUUCUUGUACUUUGGUGUUGGGUUGAAGGAGGUGAAGUGUUGAGAGUUUCUAUUAUUUUUAUGUACUCUUAAAACACUUAAUCUAGGGUUAAGUUGAACAGUUAAAAAGUUUGGAUUGUUACUGGUAUUUUGAGUUGAGUUUUUUGUUAUCUUGGAA